AUGCAUGUCCAUCUUCGUGAUGGUAAAAUGAUGGACUUGGUUACUCCUACUGUCAAGCAAGGUGGUGUUUCUGUUUGUUACGUGAUGCCCAAUUUGGUCCCACCAAUUACCACUAUUGAACAAGUAAUUGAAUAUAAAAAGCAAUUGGAAUCUCUUAGUCCUUCAACUACGUUCUUGAUGAGCUUCUAUUUGAGUAAGGAUUUGUCUCCGGAACUUGUGGCUCAAGCUGCUGAUAAGAAAGCAAUCACCGGUAUCAAAUGUUAUCCUGCUGGUGUGACAACCAAUAGCAGUGCAGGCGUUGAUCCUAAUGAUUUUACCCCCUUUUAUCCUAUUUUUGAGGUAAUGCAACUGAAAGGUUUGGUAUUGAAUUUACACGGAGAGAAACCUCCAAGUGAUAAUGAUGACAUUCAUGUUUUAAAUGCAGAGAUUAAGUUCUUACCUGCUUUAAUUAAGUUACAUAAAGAUUUCCCUAAGUUGAAGAUCAUCUUGGAGCAUUGCACCACCAAAGAAGCCAUUCAAACUAUUAGAGAUAUCAAUAAGGGUAAAUCAUCAUCUGAAGACAUUACCGUGGGCGCUACAAUCACCGCCCAUCACUUAUGGUUAAUCAUUGAUAAUUGGGCUGGGAACCCAAUUAACUUUUGUAAACCAGUAGCUAAAUUACCUCAAGACAGAUCUGCAUUGGUGGAAGCAGCUACCAGUGGACAACCAUGGUUUUUCUUUGGAAGUGAUAGUGCUCCUCACCCCAUUGAAACGAAAUCAAGACAUGAAGGGUGUUGUGCCGGAGUUUAUACCCAACUGCAUGCCAUUGCUUAUGUUGCUGAAGUUUUUGACAAGCAUGGGAAAUUGGAGAACUUGAAGAAGUUUGUUAGCACAAAUCCUUUAGCAUUUUACCAAGUUGUGGAUGAGCAAAUUAAAUCCAAAGAUACAGUGAAGCUUGUGAAGAAUGUUAAUGAGAUUCCAAAGGUAUUAGGUAAUAGUGGAGAAAUUAAUGUGGUACCAUUCAAAGCAGGACAAUCUUUAAAUUGGAGUGUCGAAUGGAAUUAA